AGUUUCAUUCUGCUGAUCGUCGUAUACGCUCCGCCGUCGCUCGUACCGUCUUGUCAACCAAGAAGGGGGAAAAGAAACACACACAGCGAUAAAGAGGGAAGAAGAAGAGCAUGUCCAAGUCUAUCUCCGUCAUCGCCGUCGCGGCCCCCGCCGCGCUCCUGCAGGCGGCCUCGGCCAUCGUGUCGAAGGCCACAGGCGGUGCCGUGAAGGUAACCCAAACCGCCGCGGCCACCGCGAACGCCGUCGUCGUCGGCACGGCAGCGCCGCCGGGGGUCUACGCGUGCGUCGCGGAACCCACUAGCGCCACCAUUGGCCUCUACGCCGGCGUGCAGACCGUCGUGGUCCGCGCCAUCUUACCCCGCGGCGCGCCCGACACUAUGCAGGUGCGUGAUAUCCUCGACGUCUACCCCGCCUCGGGCAUCGCCUGCGACGCGGAGGUCGCGAAGGCGGAGGAGAAUAUAAAGAAGGCGGCGAAGGUGGCGGUGGAGAAGGCGAAGGCGCUGAAGGCGACACGCGUGACGCUCGUCAUGAAACCCGCGUCGAAGUACACGCGGCUGAACGCGCUCUUCCGUGAGUCGGCCGCGAAGGUGAUCGAGGGCGCGGGGCUCUCGGUGGAGGUCACGACGACGGCGCAGGCCUCGAACGACCUCGUCAUGUUUCCCGAGAAGCACGGCGUGGUGAUGGUGAACGACGACCCGGUGUGCGAGAAGGUGCAGUUCGCCUACGCGGGGGAGGUGGGCGGCGUGCACACGACCUACUACACCGACGCCGGCGGCAAGAUUCACGGCGGGCACAGCUACAAGUCCGUCGCCACGGCCCUCGCGGAGGAGCUGAAGUCCUUAGGCUUGAAGGCGGAGGCGGCAAGGAUUGAGGCGGCGGCGCAGAAGGACCCUCGAAACGUUGUGGAUGCCAUCUGA